AAAUAGGUGCGACUGAGAUAAGGCUUCCCAUCCCCGCCUUAUACUCCCCAUAUUUGUGAGGCUAACGUAUUUCUUUCGGGGGCGACUCAACUCUCCUCCGCUUCACCUAUCAUAUCAUCUAUUCAUCUUCAUCUGAAACUUAUGCCUCUUGCAUUCUCGGCUACUUCCUCAGCUCUAGGCGAUCAAAAUUGAUGAAACGGUUCUUCUGAUUCUCGAUUGUUCACCAGCCAAAUCCCAACAUGGCUCCAGUUAAUUCAAGCAUCAGCAGCCACGUCUCACUCACUCCCGGUUCUGCCAUAACACUAAGAAAAAGCAGCUUUCUUCCCAGAUGCAGCAAGCCUCGAAACCUUCACAAAGCCACAUUCCCACCUCUAUCCACCUCAAUCAGUCUAUUCCCCCAAUUCCUCGGUGGAGUUGUUAUAAAACCUAAGCAAAUAACCCACAUAUUAUGCACUACACCCAGUACCCCCUUAGCUGUGGAGGAGGAGGAGAAGGAGAAGGAGAUAGACUCGAAUGCCUCGAAGUCAAAACGUUCGAGGCCCACACGAAAGAGCGAGAUGCCGCCUGUGAAAAACGAGGAGCUCGUCCCCGGAGCAACUUUCAAGGGGAAGGUCCGGUCCAUACAGCCGUUCGGCGCCUUUGUCGAUUUCGGCGCCUUCACGGACGGGCUAGUCCACGUGUCGAAGCUGAGCAGCAGCUUUGUGAAGGACGUGGCAAACGUGGUUAAGGUCGGGCAAGAGGUGACCGUGCGGCUGAUUGAGGCAAACAUGGAGACUGGUCGGAUAUCUUUGACCAUGCGGGACAGUGACGAGCCUGCCAAUGCCAAGGCCCAGCAGCAGCAGAAGCAGAGGGAUUUCGGUCAGAAGAGGAAUGAGAAUAGGAAGAGCUCCAAGUUUGUGAAGGGGCAGGAGCUUGAGGGGACAGUUAAGAACCUGACGAGGGCAGGGGCUUUUAUAUCGCUCCCUGAUGGGGAAGAAGGGUUUUUGCCGACAUCUGAGGAGGCGAGAGAGGUUUUGGGGUACGUGAUGGGGAGUUCGUCUCUUGAAGUUGGGCAGGUUGUUAGCGUGCGGGUUUUGCGAGUGAACAGAGGGCAGUUAACACUGACAAUGAAGAAGGAGGAAGAUGCGGAGGAGUUGGACGUGACGCUUGGCGAGGGGGUGGUGCACUCGGAUACUAACCCUUUUGUGCUGGCAUUCAGGGGCAGUCCAGUCAUUUCUGCAUUGUUGGACAAGAGGGAGAAGGCGGACAAUCUGGUUGAGGAAGCUGAAGGUGUUGUUGGGGUGGAUAUGAAAGAUUAUUACAAAGGUGUGGAAAACGAGGAAGGAGGUGAGAUAGCUGGAGAAGUCGCUUUUGUUGGUGAAGGUGUUUCGGACUCGAUGGUGAAAGAUGAAGAGCAAAGUAAGGAAGGGGAUAAUGGGGCUUUUCUCUCUGUAUACGAAAGUGAGUCGGAAUUAUCUGGAGAGUUCCCCGCGAUUGAUAAUGCAGCUGAAAAGGAUGGGGAGCCCCUUGUAUCUGAAGAAUUAGAGGAAGUUGUUGAAGAUGAAGCAGUGGACGAUGAUGGAAACCAAAGUAAAGAACAAGAAGAAACUGCUGCGUUAAACUCUGAUGAGAAUGGCACUAUUGAGAGCUCAGGAGGGGAAAUCAUUUCUGAGAAUCAGGGGAACGAGUGCACAGAGACAAUGCCAGAGGCUAAACAUGAACUUCUUUGUGCAGAAAGCGUGGUUAGUGAAGACACUGUAACUCUGACUGAAGUGAUGGCGCAAACCACUGUUGACUCUGAGCAGAACGGAAACAUCUCAAGUCCAAGGGAACCAAACGGUGAUGCUUCUCCUAUAGAAACCACAACAAAAGCUGAUAUAUCUCCAGCGCUCGUAAAACAGCUGCGUGAGGAAACGGGAUCAGGCAUGAUGGACUGCAAAAAAGCCCUUUUGGAAACUGGAGGCGAUUUAGUCCAAGCUCUGGAAUACCUCCGGAAGAAGGGUUUAGCCAGCGCAGAUAAGAAAGCCAGUAGGGCCACAGCCGAGGGCAGAAUUGGCACGUACAUACACGACAGCAGGAUCGGAGUCCUAAUCGAAGUCAACUGUGAGACCGAUUUUGUUGCACGAGGUGACAUUUUCAAGGAACUCAUUGAGGACUUGGCCAUGCAAGUGGCCGCGUGCCCUCAAGUGAAGUACCUUGACACUGAGGACAUCCCAAAAGAGAUUGUCGAUAAGGAGAGGGAAAUGGAGAUGCAGAAAGAGGAUCUUUUGUCAAAGCCGGAGCCGAUUAGGUCUAAGAUUGUGGAUGGGCGUAUAAGGAAGAGGCUCGAGGAACUCGCGUUGCUCGAGCAGCCUUUUAUCAAGAACGAUAAGGUGAUCAUCAAGGACUGGGUGAAGCAGACAAUCUCGACUGUUGGGGAGAACAUUAAGGUGAAAAGGUUCGUGCGCUAUAACCUUGGUGAGGGUUUGGAAAAGAAAAGUCAAGAUUUUGCUGCUGAAGUAGUUGCUGCCCAGACUGCUUCUAAGUCGGUGGUAUCAACAUCUGUUAAACAGGAAGAGCCUGCUGCUGAAGCAGAAACCACAGAAGCCGUGGAGGAGCCUCUGAAGGUGGCUGUGUCAGCUAGUCUGGUAAAACAGCUUCGGGAGGAAAGUGGGGCCGGGAUGAUGGACUGCAAGAAAGCCCUCUCGGAAUCCGGAGGUGACCUGGCCAUGGCCCACGAGUACCUCCGCAAGAAGGGCCUCUCGACUGCCGACAAGAAAUCGGGCCGUGCUGCAGCCGAGGGCCGAGUUGGGGCCUACAUUCACGACUCCCGUAUUGGGGUCCUCAUUGAGGUCAACUGCGAGACUGACUUUGUUGGCCGCAGCCAAGUCUUCAAGGAGCUCGUCGAUGACCUGGCGAUGCAAGUCGUGGCUUGUCCGAACGUGAAGUAUGUGUCGGUCGAGGACAUUCCUGAGAGUUUUGUUAGCCGGGAAAAGGAACUGGAGAUGCAGAGGGAAGACUUGAAGUCGAGGCCGGAGAAUGUGAGGGAGAAGAUUGUCGAGGGACGGGUUGCAAAGAGGCUUGGCGAGCUGGCACUCUUGGAGCAGCCUUUUAUUAAGAAUGAUGGCGUGAUUGUGAAGGAUUUGGUGAAACAGACUGUGGCGGCGCUCGGGGAAAAUGUGAAGGUCAGGCGGUUCGUGCGGUUCACGCUUGGCGAGAAUUGACUGGUUUUUUUGGGGGGGUUUUUUGAUUUAAUGACAGACAACCUGUUAGUUUUUGUGUUCUGCAAGGUAGCUAAAUGUUUUGCAUUUGCGAGAUGUAUGGGUGGUUCAUGGUUGAGUUUGUUUUGACGAAUUCUUUGGUAGAUUUUUUUUAUUUUUUGUUUAUGGUUUUUUUAAUUCAUGUGUGUUCGGCGAAAAAUAUGAGAAAUAGUAACUUGUGUUACGUUUUAUUGUUCUCUUGUAUGAGAAGCUAGGGCUGGGUGUUUCGAAUUACAUGUAGUCCUAAUGGGGUAGUCUGGUAUCUUGGAUAUUAUUUUGCUAUGACUCAUGAUUUAAACUGAACUAGUACAGAGCCCGUGCGAUGCACGGGGUGCACAGUUUUAAGGUUAUUUAUCCAGGCUUAUAAAUAUAUACAUGAAUAAAGAAAAAUGUACGGCACGAGAUAUAUUUAUUUGCAUAAUAUUAUAUUAUAAGAUGCAAUAUUCAAUAGAAGUUUAUAAUACCCAAGAAAAUUGUACAAUGUUUAAUAAAAGUUUUAUAAUAUUCAAGUGGAGUCUUAAAGUCUCUUGUACAUUAAGACUACUGACAAAAUAAUAUUUUAAUCAAUGAGUUUCCUUUCCUUGUAGCCAAAUUGUGAAUGUGAUUUGAGGAGUACAACAA